AUGUCUUCAAAUUCUGAAUCGGAAACAAAUCUUCUGGGCAUACUUGGUACCCAUAUAACGCAAGGCGAUAUUCAUGUUCGUCGUGUUGCCGGUUUAGAUGGUUUUCCAGCUAUUGCAAUAACGAGAGGUGGAAAAUUUGUUGCACCAUAUCGGUUAUUGCUACCGGGUAAAUUCUAUGAAAACUUUUCAAUUGCUGCCACCGUACAGCCAGCAGAUCGUGAAGGCGGUUAUUUAUUCGCUGUCCUCAAUGCAUUGGAUACAGUUGUAGCGUUAGGAGUGCUUCUGGAACCAGCAGAUAGUUCGUCAGGCGGAAAUCAAACUUACAUACAUUUACAAUACACGGAUUCGAUGACAGCAUCAGAAACAAAAACACUGGCAUCAUUUCUGGUUCCAGAUUUUACUGGAAAAUGGACAAAAAUUGGUAUAGAAGUCAGUGGCGAAAGUGUUGUUCUGUACUUCAAAUGUACCAGAUUUGCAAUUGAACGUCCAGUGAAAAAACACCCUAAACAACUUCGUAUGAACGAUGCGCAUAAAAUAUACAUUGGUAGUGGUGGUCCAGUAUUACGCCGAGAAUUUGAGAAAGAGAUCUUCGAGAGUGGAAAUAAGGAUUCCGUCUGCAUCAGACGUCAAGUGGAAAACAUUACCGUUGAAAUAAUGACGAAGGAUAUGGUAGAUAAUAAUGGAGAAACUGCGUUGGCUUAA